AUGGCUCCGGGGGCCGGAGCGGUGGGCUUGCUGGCGGCGCUCGCCUCCCUCGCCGCCCCCGCGGCGGCCUUCCUCGGAGCGCCUCGCGGCCACUUCUCCGCAGGUGGUUGCACUUUUGAGGACGGCCCAGGGCCCUGUGAUUACCAUCAAGACCCAUAUGAUGAUUUUGACUGGGUUCAUAUAAGUGCUCAAGAGCCCCACUACCUGCCACCCGAGAUGCCUCCAGGGUCUUAUAUGAUAGUGGAGUCUUCACACCACAGCCAUGGGGAAAAGGCUCGACUCCAGCUUCCUACAAUGAAAGAAAAUGAUACCCACUGUAUUGAUUUCAGCUACCUUUUGUACAGUAAGAAAGGAGCAAGCCCUGGCACUCUGAACAUCUUGGUCAGGGUAAACAAGGGACCUCUGGCUAAUCCCAUUUGGAAUGUGACAGGCUCCACUGGCAAAGACUGGCUGCGAGCAGAGUUGGCUGUGAGCACCUUUUGGCCAAACGAAUACCAGGUAAUAUUUGAGGCUGAAGUCUCAGAUGGGAGAAAUGGCUACAUUGCUAUUGAUGACAUUCAGGUUCUGAGUUACCCUUGUGAUAAAUCUCCUCAUUUCUUGAGGCUUGGGGAUGUGGAGGUCAAUGCAGGCCAGAAUGCUACAUUUCAGUGCAUUGCUACAGGGAGGGAUGCUGUGAAUAACAAGUUAUGGCUUCAGAGACGAAAUGGAGAAGAUAUUCCAGUGGCUCAAACUAAAAACAUAAAUCACAGACGAUUUGCUGCUACUUUUAAGCUUCAGGAAGUGACAAAAACUGAUCAGGAUCUAUAUCGCUGUGUUACUCAGUCUGAAAGAGGAUCUGGAGUCUCUAACUUUGCUCAGCUUAUUGUUCGAGAGCCACCUCGACCAAUCGCACCCCCACAGCUGCUUGGAGUUGGACCAACUUAUUUGCUGAUUCAGUUGAAUGCUAAUUCCAUUAUUGGAGAUGGGCCUAUUAUCCUGAAAGAAGUGGAAUACCACAUGACAACUGGGACCUGGACAGAAACCCAUGCUGUCAAUGCACCAACUUACAAGCUGUGGCAUUUGGACCCAGAUACUGAAUAUGAGAUCCGUGUUCUUCUGACCAGACCUGGAGAAGGUGGCACAGGUCAGCCGGGCCCUCCGCUUAUCACCCGGACCAAAUGUGCAGAGCCCAUGAGAACACCGAAAACGCUGAAGAUUGCUGAGAUCCAGGCCCGACGUAUUGCUGUGGAUUGGGAGUCCUUGGGUUACAACAUUACUCGCUGCCACACGUUUAAUGUCACAAUAUGCUACCAUUACUUCCGGGGCCAUAAUGAAAGCAAGGCAGACUGCUUAGAUAUGGAUCCCAAAGCACCCCAGCACGUUGUCAAUCAUCUGCCCCCUUACACAAAUGUAAGCCUUAAAAUGAUCCUAACUAAUCCUGAAGGAAGAAAAGAAAGUGAAGAGACAGUUAUCCAAACAGAUGAAGAUGUUCCAGGUCCUGUACCAGCAAAAUCAUUAAAGGGAACUCCCUUUGAAGACAAGAUCUUCCUGAACUGGAAAGAACCUGUGGAUCCAAAUGGUAUUAUCACACAAUACGAGGUCAGUUAUAGCAGUAUAAGAUCAUUUGAUCCGGCAGUUCCUGUGGCUGGGCCUGUUCAAACGGUGGCAAAGCUCUGGAAUAGUACACAUCAUGUCUUUUCCCAUCUACACCCUGGGACUACCUACCAGUUUUACAUAAGGGCUAGUACGAUCAAAGGGUUUGGACUACCUACAGCAAUUAACGUUACCACCAACAUAUCAGCUCCCACAUUACCUGACUAUGAAGGUAUUGAAUUCAUUCUUAAUGAAACUGCCACAACCAUAACUGUACUAUUGAGACCAGCACAGGCCAAAGGUGCUCCUAUAAGUGCCUACCAGAUUGUUGUUGAAGAGCUGCAUCCUCAUCGAACCAAACGAGAAACUGGAACAAUGGGUUGCUACCAGGUUCCUGUCACAUAUUAUAAUGCUCUGAGCGGUGGCUCACCAUAUUAUUUUGCUGCGGAACUGCCACCUGGUAACCUUCCUGAACCAGCUCCUUUCACAGUUGGUGACAACAGAACAUAUCAAGGCUUCUGGAAUCCACCUUUGACUCCUCGUAAAGGGUAUAACAUCUAUUUCCAAGCCAUGAGCAGUGUUGAGAAGGAAACCAAAACUCAGUGUGUUCGAAUAGCUACCAAAGCAGCAGCAACAGAAGAACCAGAGGUCAUUCCAGACCCGGCCAAGCAAACGGACCGAGUUGUGAAAAUAGCAGGAAUAAGUGCUGGAAUUCUAGUCUUUGUUCUUCUUCUCCUCCUGGUCAUAUUGAUUGUCAAAAAAAGGAGGAGCUACUAUUCUUACUCCUACUAUCUCAAACUUGCUAAGAAACGCAAAGAUGCCAUGGGAAACACCAGGCAAGAAAUGACCCACAUGGUGAAUGCAAUGGAUAGGAGUUAUGCUGAUCAGAGCACCCUUCAUGCAGAAGAGCCUCUCUCAGUCACUUUUAUGGACUCCCAUAACUUCAGCCCCAGAUUGCCAAAUGAUCCGCUUGUGCCGACCGCUGUGUUAGUCCCUAUAACCGAUGAAAACCACAGUGCAACAGCAGAGUCAAGUCGCCUGUUAGAUGUGCCUCGCUACCUCUGUGAAGGAACGGAGUCCCCUUACCAGACAGGCCAACUGCAUCCUGCUAUCAGAGUGGCUGAUUUGCUGCAGCAUAUUAACCUCAUGAAAACAUCUGACAGCUAUGGUUUCAAAGAAGAAUAUGAGAGCUUCUUUGAAGGGCAGUCAGCUUCUUGGGAUGUGGCAAAAAAGGAUCAAAACAGAACAAAGAAUAGAUAUGGAAACAUUAUAGCAUAUGACCACUCCAGGGUGAUAUUGCAACCUGUUGAAGAUGAUCCUUCUUCAGACUACAUUAAUGCUAAUUACAUUGAUAUUUGGCUGUACAGGGAUGGAUACCAGAGGCCAAGUCACUAUAUUGCAACCCAAGGCCCAGUCCAUGAAACAGUAUAUGAUUUUUGGAGAAUGAUAUGGCAGGAACAAUCAGCUUGUAUUGUUAUGGUUACAAAUUUAGUUGAGGUGGGACGGGUCAAGUGUUACAAGUAUUGGCCCGAUGAUACUGAAGUGUAUGGGGACUUCAAAGUUACUUGUGUGGAAGUGGAGCCACUUGCAGAGUAUGUAGUCAGGACAUUCACCCUUGAAAGACGAGCAUACAAUGAAAUCCGUGAAGUUAAGCAGUUCCACUUUACUGGAUGGCCUGAUCAUGGAGUACCGUACAAUGCAACAGGCCUUCUUUCAUUUAUACGCCGUGUGAAACUCUCUAACCCUCCUAGUGCGGGGCCGAUUGUUGUGCAUUGCAGGUGUGUAGAGAAGAGUGCUGGAGCUGGACGAACUGGCUGUUACAUUGUAAUUGACAUCAUGCUAGACAUGGCAGAAAGAGAAGGUGUUGUGGACAUCUACAAUUGUGUCAAAGCGCUGCGUUCACGCCGCAUCAAUAUGGUACAGACAGAGGAGCAGUAUAUCUUUAUCCAUGAUGCCAUUUUGGAAGCUUGCUUAUGUGGAGAAACUGCCAUUCCUGUCUGUGAAUUUAAAGCUGCAUAUUUUGAUAUGAUUAGAGUAGACUCUCAGACAAACUCCUCACAUCUCAAAGAUGAAUUUCAGACCCUGAAUUCCGUGACCCCUCGUCUGCAAGCUGAAGACUGCAGUAUAGCAUGCCUGCCAAGGAACCAUGACAAGAACCGCUUUAUGGAUAUGCUGCCACCUGACAGAUGUCUGCCUUUCUUAAUUACUAUUGAUGGCGAGAGCAGCAACUACAUCAAUGCUGCUCUUAUGGAUAGCUACCGACAGCCUGCAGCCUUCAUUGUCACACAGCAUCCUCUGCCAAACACUGUGAAGGAUUUCUGGAGAUUAGUUUAUGAUUAUGGCUGUACUUCUCUUGUGAUGUUAAAUGAAGCUGAUUUAGCACAGGGAUGUCCGCAGUAUUGGCCAGAAGAAGGUAUGCUGAGAUACGGCCCCAUUCAGGUGGAAGGCAUGUCCUGUUCAAUGGAUUGUGAUGUAAUAAGCAGAAUUUUCAGGAUAUGCAAUUUAACAAGGCCUCAAGAGGGCUAUUUGAUGGUACAGCAGUUCCAGUAUCUGGGAUGGGCUUCUCACAGGGAUGUGCCAAGUUCCAAACGGUCAUUCUUGAAGUUAAUUCUUCAGGUUGAAAAGUGGCAAGAGGAAUGUGAAGAAGGGGAAGGUAGAACCAUUAUUCACUGCCUGAAUGGUGGUGGACGAAGUGGAAUGUUCUGUGCCAUAGGCAUUGUAGUGGAAAUGCUUAAAAGACAGAAUGUUGUUGAUGUUUUCCAUGCAGUAAAAACUUUAAGGAACAGUAAGCCAAACAUGGUAGAAACACCGGAGCAAUAUCGUUUCUGCUAUGAUGUCGCUUUGGAGUACCUUGAAUCCUCUUAGUGUGAAAGGAGAGAUGCAAUUGUGGUGAACUAAAUAAUAUGAAACUUACUAUUUUGGCAUCAGCUGUUGAACCUGUGAAGAAAGAUUUUAGUGAAAGGAAGACUUAAUUUUUAAA